GGUAUGUUCACAUCACGGAUACCUCUGAGAUGGUCUUCAGGUUCCUCUACCAGCCACCUGCUGAAGGAGGAGUUGGUGCAGGAUACUGGUAUGGCCUCGGACCAGCAGCGCAUGAACCCGCUUGGGAUCCAGAUGCUCUCCAAGGGCCUUCAUGAACAGAUUUUCCGAGGUGCUCAGAUGCAUUACUCAGAGGAAGACACCCAGAAAAGUGUGGAACACCUGCAGAGGCAUGACCUGUGGAGAAAAGAGAUCUCCACUGUUCCAGAUGUGGAGCUGCAGCUGCCCCAGAUAUAUGGGGCCAACCUUGAUGAACACUUCCGUAUUUUGGCGCAGAAGCAGAACCUCCCGUAUUUGGAGGCUGCUAAGGAACUUCUACAGAGUGAGAUCUCCCCAAUGCCUCAGGAGUGGGCUUGGGCAGUUGGAUGGACAAGAUAUGGACCCAAUGGGGAGAUGAAAACAGUGGAUUUCCCAGAUGAGCGAGCAUUGGUGUUUGAUGUGGAGGUGUGCAUGGAGGAAGGACAUUGCCCCACACUCGCAGUGGCUGUUUCCCCAAGUGCCUGGUACUCCUGGUGCAGCAAGCGGCUGUUAGAGCAGAGGUAUACCUGGUCCAGCCAGCUGACCUUGUCAGACCUCAUCCCCCUCGAAUCGGGCAGCAACUGCCCCAAGCAGGACUGGCAGGAGAAACUCGUGGUGGGUCACAAUGUCUCCUUUGACCGAGCAUACAUCAAAGAGCAGUACCUGACAGAGGGCUCUCGCAUGCGUUUCCUGGACACUAUGAGUAUGCACAUGGCUAUCUCAGGCUUGUCAGGAUUCCAGCGCAGCCUUUGGAUGGCAGCAAAGCAUGGCAAGAGGAAAGGGCAGCAACAAGUGCAAGAGCACAUCAAGAAGAUGCGGAAAAAAACUGAUGGCCCUGUGAUUGCCUCUUGGGACUGGGUGGAUAUUAGCAGCAUCAACAACCUAGUAGAUGUGCAUGCCCUCUAUGUAGGGGGCCAGCCAUUGGAGAAAGAGGCCCGGGAACUUUUUGUGAAGGGAAGCAUGAAUGAUAUCAGGAACAAUUUCCAGGAUCUGAUGAGAUACUGUGCUCUUGAUGUUCAAGCUACACAUGAGGUAUUCCAGGAGCAGCUUCCACUCUUCAUGAAAAGGUGUCCCCAUCCUGUGACAUUUGCAGGGAUGCUAGAAAUGGGGGUCUGUUACCUCCCUGUCAAUCAGAACUGGGAGAGAUACCUGGAUGAAGCACAAGCCACAUAUGAGGAACUGCAGAAGGAGAUGAAGAAGUCCUUGAUGAACCUGGCUGACGAUGCCUGCCAGCUGCUUCAUGAAGAGAGGUACAAGGAUGACCCCUGGCUAUGGGAUCUGGAGUGGGACCUCCAAGAAUUUAAGCAGAAGAAGAAGAAAACUGGGAAGAAGAAGAAGAAUCAAGAUGGUGAUGACGUACCUCCCAAAGCACUGGAAAAGGCCUCCAUGCUGGAGUGGCAGGAAGAUCCUGGUCCCCCUACUGAAGAGGAGGAACAGAACAUCCCUGAGAGCCGGCUUUGCUUGGACCAUCUGAAGGAGACUGUUACUUUGCAACCAAAGAGGAUUCAGCAUCUGCCUGGCCAUCCAGGGUGGUACCGUAAACUGUGUCCCCGGCUGGAUGAUCCCAGUUGGGUACCUGGGCCAAGUCUCAUCAGCCUGCAGAUGAGAGUGACUCCAAAGCUCAUGAGGCUCACCUGGGAUGGCUUUCCGCUGCACUACUCUGAGAAGUAUGGCUGGGGCUACCUGGUGCCAGGAAGGAAGGAGAGACCAGUAGAAGAUGACCUGGGUGACCAGUCACCUUCGUGUCCAUUCAGGGUUAUUGAGCAUCUGUACCAGGAACAUUGCAAGGAGAAAGGUAAAGAGCAGCCUGUCUCACUAGAAGCCUCUCUGGAAGAAGACCUUAUAUUAACAGAAAACAGCACUUUCUGGCAAAAGGUUGAAGAGUUCAGUCACCUGGAGGCGGAUGGGGAUGCAGAGCCUGCAGCCAAGUCCUCAAGACAGGAUGAGGUGGGGUCUGCAGAGAGCCAUCCUGAAUAUCACCAUGGCAAUGGUCCGUACAAUGAUGUCAAUAUCCCAGGCUGUUGGUUUUUCAGGCUACCUCACAAGGAUGGGAACAACAACAAUGUUGGAAGUCCAUUUGCCAAGGAUUUCUUGCCCAAGAUGGAGGAUGGAACCCUGCAAGCUGGCACCGGAGGUUCUGAUGGGACACGAGCUCUUGAAAUCAACAAGAAAAUCUCCUUCUGGAGGAAUGCGCAUAAACGAAUAAGUUCCCAGAUGGUGGUGUGGCUGAAGAAAGGGGAGCUGCCUCGAGCUGUGACCAGGCAUCCAGACUACGAUGAGGAGAGCAGCUACGGGGCCAUUCUGCCACAAGUGGUGACUGCUGGGACCAUAACUCGCCGGGCUGUGGAGCCCACCUGGUUGACAGCCAGCAAUGCCAGAGCAGACCGGGUGGGCAGUGAGCUGAAGGCCAUGGUCCAGGUCCCUCCUGGCUACCACCUGGUUGGAGCUGACGUGGAUUCCCAGGAGCUUUGGAUAGCUGCUGUCUUGGGAGAAGCUAAUUUUGCUGGCAUACAUGGCUGCACCGCGUUUGGCUGGAUGACCCUUCAGGGGAAGAAGAGUAACGGCACAGACCUGCACAGCAAGACCGCCUCCAUGGUUGGCAUCAGUCGGGAACACGCCAAAGUGUUCAACUACGGACGCAUUUAUGGGGCGGGGCAGCCCUUUGCUGAGCGCCUCCUCAUGCAGUUCAACCAUCGCCUGACGCAGCAGCAGGCCAGUGAGAAGGCACGCCAGAUGUAUGCCAGCACAAAGGGGAUCAGGCGCUGCAUCCUGUCUGAGGAAGGAGAGUGGCUGGUAAAAGAGCUGCGUAUCCCUGUGAAACGGGAAGCAGAUGGUUCUGUGUCCUUGCAAGACGUGCGACGGAUACACAGGGAAGCGGGGAAGAGGUCUCGAAGGAAGAAGUGGGACGUGGUUCGCCAGCGAGUGUGGGCUGGUGGGACAGAGUCUGAAAUGUUCAACAAACUGGAAAGCAUUGCCAAUUCGGAAUCGCCUUGCACCCCAGUGCUGGGCUGCCACAUCAGCAGAGCCUUGGAGCCAGCUGCUGUCAAGGGCGAGUUUGUAACCAGUAGAGUGAACUGGGUGGUACAGAGCUCUGCUGUGGAUUACCUCCACCUGAUGCUGGUGGCCAUGAAAUGGCUCUGUGAGGAAUUCAGCAUCAACGGCCGCUUCUGCAUCAGCAUUCAUGACGAAGUACGCUACCUAGUCCAGAGUGAAGACCGCUAUCGGGCAGCCCUUGCCCUGCAGAUCACCAACCUCCUCACACGGUGCAUGUUUGCCUAUAAGUUGGGUCUGCAAGAUCUGCCUCAGUCAGUGGCCUUCUUCAGUGCUGUAGAUAUUGAUCGUUGCUUAAGGAAAGAGGCGGCCAUGGAUUGCAUCACUCCCUCCAACCCAACUGGGAUGGAACGGCGAUAUGGCAUCCCCCCAGGUGAGGCUCUGGAUAUAUAUCAACUUCUUAAAAUAACCAAAGGCUCACUGGAGAAAGGAAAAUAG